AUGAGAUACUUCACGAUUUCUCUCGCUUCCAUUGCCAUGCUGGGCGGUUUUGACAUCGCCAGUGCAAUCUGCACCGGCGCAAAUCUCGGCAUUGGAACCCCAGUAGCCCUAGGAACCGGCAACACACAAUAUAACGUCUACGAUGGGAGCUGCAAAACCGUUCAAAGCCUUCAGAUCAGCACCAGCAUCGGCCCAUGUAUUUCGGAGUAUUUCCUGUGCGCCGUAGGCACGAAGACCAUUGAGCUCUAUGACGACCCGACAACCGGUAUCUCCUAUGUCUGUUCAGCUGAUACAACCUCUGAGUCCUGCGGAAGCGACGUAAUCAGUCUAUGUUGCCAUGAAGGAUUCAUUGAUGAUUAA